AUGGCACCUGCCACGCUGCGAUGCAGUCACAAGGCCCUCGUCAGGGCUGCGCAGAGCCGCUCCCAGAGAGUGGCGGCCCGCAACGCGUCCCAGGGCGCAGUGUCCUGCGCAGCCUGUGCUGAGUUCUCAUUCCCCUUUCCCUCCUCUCUCCCCUCCCACCACGAGCUGCGCGUAGUGUCUGAGGAGCGUGCUGACCCCGCAGACCAGGGCGGCCUCCUCCUGUCCGCACUCGGUGACGAAUGUCUCCUGCUCGCCUGCUCAACGCCAUGGGCUCGCUGCUUCCUGCCCUUUCCCCAGGACCCACAGGCGUAUGCGCUGGCUCGGGCCACCUGCACCAGCUGCCACCCCACAGGUGGGCAUGUGUGGCUCGUUGAAGUCAUGCAAUGUGCCGUGACUGUGCCAGACUCGAACCCAGGGCUACCUGAAGCCAGUGCCCUCGCCUGUCGCCGGUGGCUCCUGUCAAGGAACACCGCGGCACAGCCAGCUCUCGGCGGCGGCGUCUCUGUGUCAGCACCUUCCGGGCAGCAGGGGCCUCGGCCGGCAGUCAGGGGAGCAAGGACCUGUGUGCAUUGUCCAGCCCCGAGAGGCGGGGAGAAGAGGCAGGAGAUGGACAGCAGGGACCGUGAACAGACCCUGAGGCCCCCGGCACAGCAGGAGUCACGUCGGACAUGUCCUUGGGCCCAAGAAUGGCUGUCAGUCUUUCCCCUGUGCUCCAGUGCAGUCCCCCCACGCGGGUGCCGGGCAGUGUCCAGCUGGAGAGCGUGCACCCACUUUUGUCUGCAGGCCCCAGAUCUUGGCGCCUCCUUCCAUCUACAUGCCCUGCUGCAGCAGAAAUGGUAAGGGGGCAGG